CAGACAGGCCAGAGGGAGCCGCUCCAACGGAGAGGCUUCGGUUCUGGCACGUCUGCAGGAAAACCUCCCGCCCCCCAUCCCCCACCCCCAGGGCGGCGGGGAGCGCAGAGGGGCGGCGCGGCACCGCCCCCGGGGCGGGCCCAGUGCGUGGCAGCGGCCCCGCCGGCCGCGUCCCGAAGUUUCCAGCCUGCUCGCUCCGCGGGGCGUUCGGACGGACAUACAUCCCCCGACCCUGGCGAUGCGGCCCCUGCUGCUCCUGGCCCCGCUGGGCUGGCUGCUUCUGGCCAAAGCGAAGGGAGACGCCAAGCCGGAGGACAACCUCUUAGUUCUCACGGUGGCCACGAAGGAGACCGAGGGGUUCCGACGCUUCAAGCGCUCAGCCCAGUUCUUCAAUUACAAGAUCCAGGCACUGGGCCUGGGGGAGGACUGGCAAGGAGAGAAGGCAACAUCGGCGGGUGGAGGGCUGAAGGUUCGGCUGCUGAAGAAAGCUCUGGAGAAGCAUGCAGACAAGGAGAACCUGGUCAUUCUCUUCACAGACAGCUACGACGUGGUGUUUGCCUCGGGGCCCCGGGAGCUCCUGAAGAAGUUCCGGCAGGCCAGGAGCCAGGUGGUCUUCUCGGCCGAGGAGCUCAUCUACCCCGACCGCAGGCUGGAGGCCAAGUACCCAGUGGUGUCCGACGGCAAGAGGUUCCUGGGCUCCGGAGGCUUCAUCGGUUAUGCCCCCAGCCUCAGCAAGCUGGUGGCCGAAUGGGAGGGCCAGGACAGUGACAGUGACCAGCUCUUUUACACCAAGAUCUUCUUGGACAAGGAGAAGAGGGAGCGGAUCAAUAUCACCCUGGACCACCGCUGCCGCAUCUUCCAGAACCUGGACGGAGCCCUGGAUGAGGUUGUGCUGAAGUUUGAAAUGGGCCACGUUCGAGCUCGAAACCUGGCCUACGACACCCUCCCAGUCCUGAUUCAUGGCAACGGACCCACCAAGCUGCAGCUGAACUACCUGGGCAACUACAUCCCGCGCUUCUGGACCUUCGAGACCGGCUGUGUUGUGUGUGACGAGGGCCUACGAAGCCUCAAGGGCAUCGGGGAUGAAGCUCUCCCCUCAGUCCUGGUCGGCGUGUUCAUCGAACAGCCCACGCCGUUCCUGUCUUUGUUCUUCAAGCGGCUCCUGCGCCUCCACUAUCCCCAGAAACGGAUGCGGCUUUUCAUUCACAACCAUGAAAAACACCACAAGGCUCAGGUGGAGCAGUUCCUGGCGGAGCACGGCGGCGAGUACCAGUCUGUGAAGCUGGUGGGCCCCGAGAUGCAGGUGGCGAACGCUGAUGCCAGGAACAUGGGCGCGGACUUGUGCCGGCAGGACCAUGGCUGUACCUACUACUUCAGCGUGGAUGCCGACGUGGCCUUGACCGAGCCCCAAAUCCUGCGACUGCUGAUUGAGCAGAACAAGAAUGUCAUCGCCCCGUUGAUGACCCGCCAUGGGAGGCUGUGGUCGAACUUCUGGGGAGCACUGAGUGCAGAUGGCUACUAUGCCCGCUCCGAGGACUACGUGGACAUCGUGCAGGGGCGGCGUGUUGGCGUCUGGAAUGUGCCCUACAUCUCGAACGUCUACCUGAUGAAAGGCAGUGCGCUGCGGGCUGAGCUGCAGCAGACAGACCUGUUCCGCCACAGCAAGCUGGACCCCGACAUGGCCUUCUGCGCCAACAUCCGCCAGCAGGAUGUGUUCAUGUUCCUGACCAACCGGCACACCUUCGGCCACCUGCUCUCCCUGGACAACUACCAGACCACCCACCUGCACAAUGACCUCUGGGAGGUGUUCAGCAACCCUGAGGACUGGAAGGAGAAGUACAUUCACGAGAACUACACCAAGGCCCUGGCGGGGAAGCUGGUGGAGAUGCCCUGCCCAGAUGUCUACUGGUUCCCCAUCUUCACGGAGACGGCCUGUGACGAGCUGGUGGAGGAGAUGGAGCAUUAUGGCCAGUGGUCUGUGGGCGAUAACAAGGACAACCGCAUCCAGGGCGGCUACGAGAACGUGCCGACCAUCGACAUCCACAUGAACCAGAUCAGCUUUGAGCGGGAGUGGCACAAGUUCCUGGUGGAGUACAUCGCGCCCGUGACGGAGAAGCUCUACCCCGGCUACUACACCAGGGCCCAGUUCGACCUGGCCUUCGUCGUCCGCUACAAGCCUGACGAGCAGCCCUCGCUGAUGCCACACCACGACGCCUCCACCUUCACCAUCAACAUCGCCCUGAACAGGGUCGGGGUGGAUUACGAGGGCGGUGGCUGUCGGUUCCUGCGCUACAACUGCUCCAUCAAAGCCCCCCGGAAGGGCUGGGCCCUCAUGCACCCCGGGAGACUCACGCACUACCACGAGGGGCUCCCCACCACCAAGGGCACCCGCUACAUCGCCGUCUCCUUCGUCGAUCCCUAAUUGGCCAGGCCCAGCCGCUUCGGACGUGUUCCUCUCUGCCAGCAACCAUUGCCCGGGGCCCCAGGGAACCCCGUCCAGCCUCCAGGUUCUCGGCCUCCCUUUGCUCCUGGAGCUGCCACUGGGGAGACUGGGCCGCAGGCCGGAGGCGAGGCCGCCUCCUUGGCUGGGACUUUCCCGGUGCUCUGCUCCCAGCCCCGGGGAGGCUGUUGGUUCACUUUCACUGCGUUGAGCAGCUCACCCUUUUCCACUUGUCUUCCUCAAAACCCGCCCCCUUCCUCCGGUCCUUCCACGAGUGACACUUGAGCAGAAGGGGCUUACCCAGCUGCCCCCAGGGCUCUAGGGGCGUGGAGCCACACCCCAGAGCUUCUCCAAUGCGGAGCGGCAGCCCAGGAUCUUCUGCUUCAAGCUUCAGGGCCCGCACCGAGACCUGGAUCAGACUCAAGUCCUCACCUGGACUGCGGAAGCCCCUCCUUCCCUGGCUCCUGUCACGGGAGCCACAUGCUGUCCCUGCAGAUGGUGACUCAGUAGGCCUCCUGGAAGGUGGGAAAGGCAUGGAUGCCACAGCGCCAUCCUCUACCUGACCCUUGCUGGGGGGGGGAAGGGAGUGACAAGUCCACACACUGUACUGCGUCACCCUGUCCUGCAUGUCCCCAUGCCUCUGGAGAGAGGGACAGACAGAAACAGGAGAGUUUCUAUUAAAAGUCAUUCAAACCACC